AUGACUUCGACAGAUCCCAUAACUUACGAGGUCAUUGACAAUGCUGCUGUGAUAACCUUGAACAAUCCCAAGAAUCUAAACUCCCUUACCCUUCCUCAAUAUGACGAGCUUGCAAAAUUUAUAUCGAAGGCAAAUGACGAAAGGGAUACGGUGAUCACUAUUCUUCAGUCCACUGGAAGAGCUUUUUCGGCAGGUGCUGAUGCCAAGUUUGUUGGUAAACAAGACAACGAGCUCGAGACAUGGUUGCGUUCAUCACUUGCCAUGCAAGUUCAUUUAACUCAAACUAUAAUGAAUCAUAAAAAAAUUUUGGCUGUUGCCUUGAAUGGAUUUGCUAUUGGUUUAUCAGCUGCUUUCGUCAUGAUGUGUGAUUUGGUAUACGUGCAUGAUGCUUCCAAAACGUUUUUGCUCGCUCCAUUUCCCAACAUUGGUAUUGUUUCAGAAGGUGGUUCGUCAGCCACAUUUCCUAUGAGAUUAGGUUGGUCAAAGGCAGCUGAAGCAUUGCUUUUAUCCAAACGUAUAAGUGGUAAGGAUAUGAUGAAACUGGGAGUGAUCAACAAAGACUAUGAAGGAAAAUACAAAUCAGCUGAAGAGUUCAAUAAAGCAGUGUUGGAUGAUUUGCGUCAAGCAACAGAGAACUUGCAUCCUGCCUCGAUAUUCGAAAUGAAAGAGUUACUCAAGACCAACUUCAAGCCGAUUGUUUCAUAUGCUAACUCACAAGAGAGCUACGUCGGUCUUACUAAUUGGACCUCCGGAACUCCCAUGGAAAGAUUCAGAAAAUUAACAUCUGGAGAGUUGAAGCACAAAAUGUGA